AUGAAAACAGAGCAGAAAUCACCAUCCCUAAAUUAAAUAAGAAUUAGGAUGUUUAGGUGGCACCAUUACCCAGCUUUCUUCCACAUAUAGGAGUUAGUCCUAUGUAGUAAAUAGUUGUACUUCUUUUGCAUUUUGAUCCAGAAAUAACCUUUUCAUUUUUCAGGAUUCUCAGUGACAAUCAUUUGACUGAAUUACAUAAGGACUCAUCUGAAGGCUUGCUAUCCCUCCAGUAUUUCCCUGCUUGCAGGAUCUUAGUUUCCUGACCAUGGAUUGAACCCAGGCCCUCGGAGUCCACUGGGCUGCCAAGGAAUUCCAUCUCCAGCUCCUUUAUCAAAGAGGAAAUGCUUGCAUAGUAUUUCUGUUUAUUUAGGGAGAUUUAUCCUGCAAUAAAAUACAGUCUAUUGAAAGACGUACAUUUGAACUGCUACCUUUUUUGCAGUUUAUAAUUCUGAAUCGUAAUCCUUUGACAACAGUUGAAGAUUCUUACCUUUUUAAAUUGCCAGCACUAAAAUAUUUAGACAUGGGAAGAACACAAGUGUCACAACAGUUGAAAGCAUCCUGAUGAUGACCCUUGAAUUGGAGAAAGUGAAGUGAAAUUGGACGUAUAUAGAAGGCGAGCAACCAGAACAAUUCCUUCUUGUGUGUUGGAACAUUUAAGAAAGGACAUCUGUGAAACCUGGGGACCAUGGAAAGGACCUGGCCUCAGCUGGUUGGCACUGCAGACUUGAUGGCCUAGGUCUCCUUGCAGCCCCCACUCUCUUUGGUUUGGUUUGGUUUUUGGUGUCCGUGCAGAGUGUUCUGAGGACAGGAAGCAAAAGCAGUCCCAUCGGAAGGUAGACGGGGGGUCUGGAGAGUGAUGGAGUGCUGACCCAGCAGUCAGGAGGCCCAGAGCCCCAGUGUGGUUCCAUCAGCAAGUUCUCGUGUCACAGACUGUCAGGCUUCUGCCUGUGAGCCGGGUUCCUGCCCCGUGAGGCAUGAUGGAGCAGACCCACGUAGGUCAUCAAGAAGAAGCUAGUGGGCUCCGUGAAGGCGCUGCAGAAGCAGUACGUGUCCUUGGACACGGUGGUCACGAGCGAAGACGGAGAUGCCAACAGCACGUGCAGCGCCCUGGAGGCCGUCUUCCUCCACGGCCUGCACGCCAAGCACAUCCGAGCCGAGGCCGGAGGGAAAGGAAGAAAAGCGCCCACCAGAAGCCUCUGCCUCAGCCUGUCUUCUGGCCCCUCCUGAAAGCCAUCACCCGCAAACACAUCAUCUCGGAAUUGGAGCACCUGAUCUUCGUGAGCACGGAUGUGGGCCGCUGCCGGGCCUGGCUGCGGCUGGCCCUCAACGACGGCCUGAUGGAGUGCUACCUGAAGCUGCUGUUGCAGGAGCAGGCCCGCCUGUGCGAGUACUACCAGCCCACGGCCCUGCUCCGUGACGCCGAGGAGAGCGAGUUCCUCCUGAGCUUCCUGCAGGGCCUGACAUCCCUGUCCUUCGAGCUCUCCUACAAGUCUGCCAUCCUAAAUGAGUGGACCCUGACCCCGCUGGCCCUCUCUGGGCUCUGCCCGCUCUUGGAGCUCGAUGUCCUCACUACCUCUGGCACAGGACUACAGCGGAAGGGGUCUCUGGAUUCCAUCUCCCAUUCCUCAGGCUCGGAGGACAUCGAGGUGCAGCACUCGGGCCAUAAGAUCCGGCGGAACAGGCAGCUCACGGCCUCCUCCCUCAGCCUGGACACGGCCCGUUCAUCCCAGCUCUCCUGCAGCCUCAACUCUGACAGCUGCCUCCUCCAAGAGAAUGGCUCCAAGAGUCCAGACCGUUCCGAGGAGCCCAUGUCCUGCGACUCAGACCUGGGGACAGCAAAUGCCGAAGAUUCGGACCUGUCUCUGCAAGAGGUGUUGUCGGAAUUCAGCAAAGCCCAGGUGAACUCUGUGCCCACCGAGGGACUGAGCCCAGAAACGGAGGUUCCCGUGCUGCAGGCCUCACUCACCCUCCACGGCCUGGACACCAGCACACCCCCGCCCUUUGAGGUACCUGCGGAGCCCCACCCUGCCCAAGCAUCCCCUGGGACCCGAGAUGGGGCCCACACGGGGGAGCCUCUUUCCCAGGCGCCUGGCCCUGGGGGCUGGCUGAAGCUGGGCAUGGCCCAGGCUGUCCUUUCGGGGAGCACUUCAGGCCAGCAGCCUCCUAGUCCUGUGAGAGAGGCAACCAGAGCAGUUGGCCAAGGAAGUGGCCAGCGGAAGCCCCUGGAGGAUGACAGACCUCGGCUGAGCCUUGUGGUUCCCUCACCCACCAGUCCGAUAAACACAAACUGGAUCUCAGAAGAUGACUUCUACCAGCCUCCCCGGGAACAGCCCGUGGAGAGUCCUUCCGAUGCCUCUGUAGGUUCUCCCAGAGGGACUCCAGAGUCAAGGCCUGGUCUCCUCACGCAAGGACCAAGAAGAAGCUGUUCCUUGGAGGCCUUGGACAAAGCUUGCGUGCCUUCCCCAGGAAGCAGGAGAGGUGAGGCCACCCCGGCACCAGAGCAUAAUGACUUCAGGGUGGUGCAUCGCAGGCAGAUGGGGCUGUCCAACCCAUUCCGGGGGCUCCUGAAGCUGGGCACGGUGGAGCGGCAGGGGGCCAUGGGCAUCUGGAAAGAGCUCUUCUGCGAGCUCUCCCCGCUGGAGCUGCGCCUCUGCCUGAGCGGCGAGGAGGGCACCUGCGUGGAGAACUGCUCGCCGCUGCGCUGCAAAUCUGUGGGGCCGGCCCACAGCGACGGCCGCUUCGAGCUGGUCUUCUCGGGCAAGAAGCUGACCCUGCGUGCCUCGUGCCGGGAUGAAGCCGAGGACUGGCUGGACCGGGUGCGGGAGGCGCUGCAGAAGUGCCGGCCCCAGCAGGAAGAGGAGUGGGUGACCAUCCAGUACCCGGACCAACCCGAGGACCCCCCAGAGGCCCCCCAGGGUGGCCACCCCUCCCAUUCGGACCUGCUCUCAGAGCCUGAAACCCCCCAGGGCCUGCAGUUGGACUGGUCCUCUUCCCAAGUUCCCGAGCCCGAUGCUAUUAAAGAAUCCCUUCUGUACCUGUACACGGACCGCACCUGGAUGCCCUAUAUCUUCUCCCUGUCCUUGGAGUCUCUGAGGUGCUUCUGCAUGAGAAACAACGAGACGAUGUUAAGUGACAGCCAUGGAGUCGAGACCAUCUGAGACAUCCUGCCGGACACAAGCCUCAGGGGCCCAUCCUUCUUCAAAAUCAUCACAGCCAACGCCGUCCUGAAGCUGCAGGCCGGGAAUGCCGAGGAGGCUGCCCUGUGGAGGGACCUGGUGCACAGGGUCCUGGCGUCCUACCUGGAGACGGCCGAGGAGGCAGUGACGCUCGGCGGGAGUCUGGAUGAAAACUGUCAGGAGGUGCUGAGGUUCACUACGUGGGAGAAUGGCUACCUGCUGCAGUAUCUGGUGGCCAUCCCCACGGAGAAAGGCCUCGACUCCCAGGGCUGCUUCUGUGCAGGUGCCAACUCUCUGUCCCGCCGCCCCCAGCCUCCCUGCCAGCCUCGCUCUGCCCGCAGUGGGGUUCCUGCUCUAGGCUCUGCACCCCUUCCUGGUCCCCACCAGUGCCCCAUCCUGCCCCAGGGGAAGUUGCAGCAACUGAGGCUGUUUGAUGAUCAGAUUAUAUCCUUUUGGAGCAGGGGCAUGGUACCCUUCCAAAUAUUUUGGCAUGCUUUUGUGAGUGUACAAGAUCUGUUUUUAUUUUUACUUUUUAAAUUAUUUUUUUAUAAAUUUAUUUUAUUUUUAUUUAUCAGCUGCAUUGGGUCUUGGUUACUGCGCAUGGGCUUUCUCUACUUGCGGCGAGCAGGGGCUGCUCUUCGCUGCAUGACAUUCCGCUGCUCACAUUCCCUUCCUAGCUCUCCUCGCCAACCCAGACACCUGUUUCCAUCACCCUGGGCCCUCCGGGAGGAGGAGGCGGCCUUGCUGCAGAGCGUGCCGCAGGGAGACGGGUGGCUGCAGGCGGUCUAG